UGGUAAUCACUUAAAAUUGAAACUGAUCAAAAUUUUACCUCCUUUUGCAGUGUGUUUAAAAAGGACCUAAAUUAUUUAAUGAUUUAUUUAGAGUCGGCUAAAGACCAAUCAUGACCACUACACUGAACAGUGAAAGGAACCUUCGCUUCUGAUGAAUGUCUAGAAACUUUAAUUCAAUUCGAAUUGUCGAAAUAAUUGUUUUGCAUAGAGCAAGCGUGACGCGGUGCCUAGAAUGUAUUUCUAGUGAAGUGAUUAGUUCUAUGUUAAUGUUAUUAGGCAAUAUAGAUAAUGUUAGAAGUGAUCAUGUUGUUUAAUAAAAGUAAUAUAUUGCCUUUGUUAUCAAUCCACUUAAAUAUAUCGUACAAUAUUGUCAUAGUUUAGUAAUGGAUGUCGCUUUAAAUGAAUGAAAAGCGCCUAGUACUCUUAAAUUAAUGUUCGAAAAGACCGUUCAAGUAAUGACAAAUGAUUGUACGAUAUUUUGAUGAAAAAUAUACGAGAAUUGAAAACUGUGAAAAAUACGUUUUGUGACGAAACUUGAGCGCUUCCAGAAAUUUAAGAAAUUUUUACAAUGUUGCCGGAUUGCUUGUGAAUAUAUCUUGAACACAUUCAUCAAUAAUUUAAUUAUCAAAACAAAUUAUUUCGAUUAGUUCUACUAAAACAUCAAGUAGUAUAAAGGCUCACAGAAAAUACUAACGAGAUCGAUCGCUUUCGCAAAGCAUAUCCAAGUGCAUUGAAAAUAUGAUCGAUCUUCGAAACCACGAGUAACCAAUGCCUUUCUAUUCAAUUGAAAAUUGAUCGAAUAUUUCAUUGCAUUCAUAACUUAUAUGGAUUGCGUGAGUUCUCUUGCUACUCUUCACUAUAAAAAAAUCGGUUGUAAAUUAUUACUUAUUGAUUUAUUAAAAGACUUGUUCGCAAAGGAGUUGCAAAAAAGUAUUUAAAGGUCAUCGUUGCGCAGGUCGAUAUUUGGUCGUUUAUCUGCCGUCGCAACCUAAUGUUCUUUGUGUGUUCUCCUUACACGGUUCAGGUACAACAAUUUUUUUCAUAUAGAUAAACUAAACUAAUUUUCGCUUUUGAUGAAGCUAGACGAAUUCUUGAUGCCUGAAAUUCAACAUAUUCCAUCACUGCACCAUCAACUCCGCAAAGAGAAGAUGCUUCCUCGCCUAAUACUUAUCAUUAAAAGAAAGUAUAAGCUUAUGUCGCGUGUCGCGCGCAUAUCACAAUCCAGGCUUCAGUCGUGACUUAAGCUAAGCACUAAAGGAAGCCACCAGCUGUUUGUUCAGUAUCAGGAAAUGUGAUGAUGAAUCACAUGUUGAUUGACAAGAUUAUGAACGUGUUUCUGCGGUAGGUAAUUAUUGCUUUAAUAACAUUCACGUAGGUUAUGUGCCAAAGGUUCACUCCUUGCAUGCCUUGAUAUUCUGCGCAUCUGAUUUAUCGGGAAGUGUACAUUCUGUGAACGUUAUGCUACUGGAUGCUGUUUCCGUGUCUUCAAAAAUUCUUUAAAAUUUAAAUUUUAUAUGUGUUAAGAAUUUAUAGUUGACUUAAUUGUUGUGCGAAUAAAAAGCCACGUGACUGUCGACUUGAGAAAAAUGACAACUCUGAUAUUGUUGGGAUAUUUUUGACGAGGAUUAGCAGCCAAGUAUUCGAAAAUGAAAAUUUUGCGUAAUUUCGUUGAUAGACAGGCCAGAGUGUCCAAUGAGUUCCCUACAAACUAAUAUCUGUAAGCUGUACAGUUUAUUAUAAUCAGCGAAAUGCCUAUGAAGGGAGUGUAGCUAAUACACACAUUUCCAUGUCGCAAUUGGAAAACGACUCCGCUUCUUAUCUUCCGACCAUGGCUUCCAUUUCUUCAACUUUGGGUCUAUUCAACGACUCACUGAACGUUUCGGACGUAGCCGCUGAUCCGGGUUUCCGGAAUCCGGAGAUUCUGGCGACCACCUCGUCGUCCGUAUUCGACAACGUCACCACGCAGUUGUCUAACUCUACCAUCUCGUACGCUUCCUCGACCAUACCAUACGUAGUUCCCAGCAACCCAUCCUCGUAUUUAUGCGAGAACAGAUGGCUUCCAGUGAACCAUAUCUACUUUCAGCUCGCCAACGUCUUCCUCUUCCUAUCCUACCUCGCCCCCAACGGCAUUUACGGGAUCCUGUACCUGCGGGUCACUCUCUGUGUAGGAUGCUUCUUCUUCUCUCUGUGGGGGUGGGUGAUACUCUGCGCCUUUGACACGUUCCUGUGGAACGCAUUUUUCGUCGUCAUCAACUUAGUGCACGUGGUGGUCAUCUCCUACGGCCUUAGACCCAUACGCUUCUCCGCCGAGCUCGAAGAGGUGUACCGCGAGCUGUUCGCGCCCCUGCACGUGCCGCGUGCCCAGUACAAGCGCGCGCUGGACGCCAUGAAGGUCGUGCGCCACGUGCGCUUCCAGGAGAUCUUCGCGCAGGAGAAAAUCACGCGCGUCGACUCCCUCUCCCUAGUGCUCUCCGGCAGACUGGUCAUCAGCCAGGGGGGGCGGGCGCUGCACAUCGUGGCACGGCACCAGUUCCUCGACUCCCCGGAAUGGUUCGGUGUAUCAUCCGACGAGUUCUUCCAGGUGUCCGCCACGGCCAUCGAGGACUCGCGCGUGCUCAUAUGGCACAGGGACAAGCUCAAGUUGUCCAUCAGCGGCGACGCGUUUCUCGUGUCCAUCUUUGACCACAUCCUUGGCCGCGAUGUCGUCAAGAAGCUCAUGCAGAUAGCAGAGUUCCGCAGAGUGAACGAGACCCUGACGAAGCAUCAGCUCUCGAACGGACAGUGUGGGGCGUCAGCGGCAGCAGGAGUGGCAGCCAGCCCAGCCCUGCCCUGCCCCGACCCGGCUCUGCCAGGAGCGGGAGCCACAAGUCCCCCGUGUGCCGCCCCCGCAGUCGCGGCGGAAGUCUUCAGCUCGAGCGGCUGCACGAGUGAGAGCAAACCCCUGCUGGGGGCGCCGCCCCCCGCCAGCGAUGAGGGGGGCUCGGCCACCAGCAUCGCCUCCAUCCUCACGCGACAGAUUGCUGGACUAAGCCAGCGCUCACUGUCGCGGUGCUCGCUCUCAGACUCGGCCGACCCUGAGGAGCGUCUGAUGCUCACGCGCCCACCCAGCUGUGAGUGAGAGCGCGUCGUGGCGCCUGGGCAAGAUAGACGAGCACGAGCAAGAGACGCCCGUGUGACGGCCGCCCAAAGCGCGGCCAAAAAUCGCUCUUAACGUACAAGCCCAUCACGCACGCUCGUGAAACGUGGGCGUGCGUGCAAUAGACGACUUUUUCAUACGAACGGCCAUGAGGUUCCAUGGUGGGUGUUCGUGAGAUAUGAAAGUUUUUCAUGAUACAAGAACGAAACAACCUCGCAGACUUCCAUUCUAUGAUGGAAGAUGAUACAAAGGCCGCCGGGUUACCGCCUUUGUCUGGCUGCUGUUCUUGUCAUCUUGUCCUGGAAGAAACGCCUGCUAUUUUACAUCGUUGAACUGUUCCUUGCUGAAGUGUGAACACUUGUGUUAUCGUUCCAGUGGCAGUAAUAUCAAAAAUACUUGCGAGUUCGUAACUCUGUCUGGCGAUUCAACUUCAACCAUCCAAACAAAGACGAGUACUUAAGUGAGUUCUGAUAGCUCGGCCCCAAAAUAUUUAUAACUUGUGAUGAGAAUUUGUGGAUGUGAUCUUUCAAAUUGACCACCGAGGAAACAAUAGAAACUAAAUACAGCUUGAUUGGGGUAGUCCCAAAAAGAAAUUUGUCGCCAUGUGUGUUGUUUAGGGACAGUUUCGGUCGAUAACUGACAACACGAGCUCGUCGAUAGCUGAUAACUGUGCUGUGUUAUCAUUGUCAAAUUGUACGACUUUGCUGCGGUUGCUAACAAGUGAGUUUAUUGCUUUAGACUUAUAACUCGACUGCGUGCGGUCAAUUCCUGUCAUUCAAUCAGCAAACGUGGAGUUGUAUGGUAAUGGACUCAGCCUAGGCCAUUUUAAUGUUUAAAUUAAAAUAUUAAAAUAAAAUUAAAAUUGAAAAUAUUUAAAAAAUAUUAAAAUGACCUAGGUUCAUAGAGAGUCGACGGCUGGCAGGUCUUGCGACUUUUAUACGAAUCUUCCUUCGAGAUGCCUAGGGUCAUUUUAAUGUUUCUAUUCCGAAUAUUUGUGACGUCGCGAUCCUUGUGCAACUCUACAGCCCUCGCUUUUAUAAGCCUUCUCUCGUAUUAUAUUAGGGUAGUCAAUUUAUGCGGUUUUGAAUUUCCAAAUGCCUUCAUCUGGCUAUUAAGAUUUACGAAUCAUCUUGAAUCCCAUAACAGCAGAUAAAAUAUAUCAGGAAAAAUGUUUGUCAGCCUUUAGGCUCGACUCCUUUGAACAUAAAGAGUUAACUCACAACGCGGGGUAAUGUAUUAACCUCGUUAGGUUUUGCUUAUUUUCACUCGCUUUCCACUUGUUUCUCCCGCCCACCAAUAAAUAAUAAAAGAUCUAACAUUACCCAGACUCACAAAAUGGAUGCUCUAAGAUGAGGAGAUCGAUAAAAUUAGUACGACAGCAACGUUGCUUUAAAUACCAUAUACCGACGACUAGCUUAUUACUUCAUAUUCAUAACCUCUUCGAACAAAUAGCUUCUGCAAAUAAAAUAAUAACAAAGCACUUACGCAUGAAAGCUAAUUGUCCGCAAAAUAUUUGAUAUCAAAAGCUGUUAAUUUGCUAUAAUUGGGUUGACAUCAGCAGUUGUGCAGAGUUAUGAAGAUAGAAAUCGUAAAGUGACUAAACUUGACUCAUCAAUCCUUAUUAGUUGCUUUGGUGUCUCGAACAUUAUUUAUUUGGACUUUUAUACUCCUGUAAUUAUUACUCAAAGUAUUAAAAUUAAAUUACCAGUUUUCUAACAAAUAUCCUCGGAUAAUAUUAGACAAGAAAAAUCCUCAUUCCAAGAACAAUGCAAUCCAAGAAAUCCUCAACAUUAAAUAUCAACAAUAUAGAGCGAUAGAAGGAAUAACUGCAACUGCGAUGCCUUGUCCUUUCUCGCAUCAAGCUUUCCUCUCAAUAAUAAAUGUCAUUGCUUCAACUAUUGAGUUUACAGAGAUCAUCAAUUAACGUCAUCCAGAUGCAGAUAAUAAAUAUUAUUGUGAUACUUGAAUUUCCAAGUACUUAAUUUCAUAUUGCUUGCCAGAUAUCGAUGUAAUUCACGACGCUUUUGUCCAUUCUGUCUGUUGAUGAACUGUGAAAGUCCCAGCGAUAUAUAUUGUACCAGUAAUAAGAAGGCCUUUGUAUUAUAAGUUAUCUGCACGUUUUGUGUGUGGACUUACCAGCCUCGAUGGACUUGAAAUCCCGGAAAAGUCAUUUGUUUAUAAUUAUUUCUCGAUUUGUUCAACUGAAAGCAAGAGAAAUUAUAAUCAAAUACUUUAGCUCUACGCAACGAGAAAUGUAAUAAUGCUUGACUCUUAAUGAUGCCGGUAAGCAUUAACAAAUUGUGUUAUAAUAAUAAAGCAAUGAGGUUAUUAAAUGUUACUCGAUAGUCCCCAGGAUGUGAGGAAGAAUUGCUUGCCGACAAGAAGGUUUUGGUUUAGUGUCACAGAAAACAUGGCUCCCAACUUAUCUUUACUGGCGGUACGUGUGACGUGGCUUUAUUGUUCAUGCAUUGCUACCUGCAUUGGAGCUCUUAUUGAACUAUCCGAUGUUUCCUGAAGGAGUUGAUGUCACUUGUUUGCUUAAAUCGCAAAUUAACUAAGAAUUUAAAAGCAAA